AUGGCAGACUCAGAUCUUGUGACAACGAAACCACGAGCGUUGGCGGUGGAUACCUGCUGGAGCGUGGUAGUGAUUACAUUCAUCGUGACUUUUAUUGGAGUAGCCCUAGAGCGAUCGUCCGGACUCCUAUAUGUCGCUUUUAUGGAAGAAUUUGGGGUGAACCGUCAGACUGCCACUUGGCCCCAAAGCCUUAUGAUGUGUCUAAGCGGCAUCAGUGGUCUCUCCGUGGGACUGCUUCAGAAAAGAUACUCAAUCCGGCACAUCGCAAUUGUUGGGAGCGUUUUGGGAUGGAUUGGUAUCAUGGCCUCGGCAUUUGCUCCCAAUAUUAUCUGGAUGUCUAUCGCCAUCGGAGUCGUUCAUAGUAUCGGAAGCGGCGCAAUCUUCUUGGCAGUAAGAAUGUUUACGGUUAUGUAUUUCGACAAGUUCAGGUCUGUAGCUUUAGGAGUUGCAUCUUCCGGAAUCACAGCCGCAGGUUUCGUUUUUCCAAAGUUACUCCUGUAUUUAAGGAGUGCUUAUGGUUUCCCGAUUACUUUGUUCCUUCUGGGUGCCCUUUCCAUGAACUCGACACCUCUUAUCUGUUUGCUUAAGGUUCCUCCUUGGAGCAAACUCGAACAUAAGAAAGGAUCGACCUCCUCGCUUCGUCGAAUAACAUCCGACGCUGUCGUUAAGAAUCCGACACGCAUUUUACCUUCCUUGAAAUCACGCCUCAAUACAUGGGCUAUCAGUACCAUGAUUCGUUCUCCAGUCUUGCACAUUGUCGUCUGGUCGACAGCGGCUACACACACACUGGACCUGAUGUUUCUGUCAACAAUGACCGACUUUUCAAAAGACAAGGGUCUUUCCCUAGACGAGGCUGUUUGGAUAUCGUCGUGUUUUUCGGCAACGAACCUUCUGGGAGGCUUGUGCCUGCCCUUGCUUGCCGACAGACAAUACCUUCGCCGCAGCACUUUGUUGGCGCUUACACAACUUAUGACGGGUGCCGUCAUGGUGAUAACUCCUUUAGCAGCCACCUACUGGUCCAUCGCGACCAUUGUUGCUUUAGCUUCAUGUUUUGUCGGUUGUUCGCUCCUUCUGCACCAAGUGCUAUUGGCCGACUACUUUGGCAUCGAAAGCUUCGGCUUUCUUCAUGGUGUCAUUGGCAUCGUGAGAGCCCCACUGCAACUUUUCAAUCCUGCUAUUGUUGGAAUCUUUCGUGACCGAAUGGGGUCAUAUGACAACCUGUAUCGAUUUCAAGGUGGACUCAUUUUAUUUUCGGGAUUGCUGUGGUUUCUGAUCGUGUACUGGGAGAGAAGAUGUCUGCCGUUAUUUCCCACCAUACGUCGAGAAGACACAUCAAAAUCAGGCACCGUCCCUGACAUGUCUACCCAUUCUCGCAUCCAGAGUGGUCCAGACACUGGCAAUCCAAGUGUCGAUCUGCCCUACUCUCGGAUGGUGUAG